AUGAUUGAUGAUCUUAAGGGUACUAUUAUACUCUACUCAGUCUCUGAUUCAGAAGAAUGUCGUAUAGCACGAACGGAAUUAACUGCGUUAAACAUACCGUUUAUCGAUAUACCGUUAGAUAUUUUUCCACAGUGUCGAACAGAAAUGGAGGAGUUGACUGGUUAUAAGACUGUUCCACAGAUUUUUUUCAAUGAAAUUUGUAUUGGAGGACUUGAGGGUUUGCAGCAAUUGGCUAAUGAUGAAAACCGACUAGACGCUUUAAUGGAAAUGGUUAGGACCACAGAACCUCCAUCAGAUGCACCUUCCUUACCGGAACCUGAGGUUUCUGCAUGUAAGAGUGAAUAUUCUGAAGAUAGUGAAAGUAUGGAUGAACAAAGUGAGAACUCUGCUGAUGAAGCGACUCCACCUAAUACCGAAUACACACUCCUACUUAAUAAUAUGAAAAAAGCAAAUGUUAUUAAAGAUAAUCUGGUUGGUACCAAGAAACUUUGCAGGAACUCAUUUAAAGGAGAAGACUUUAUUAAAUGGAUAAUGAACGAGAAAAAACUUAAACGGAGUGAAGCGAUCGAUCUAGGCCAAAAGCUCGUAUCUCAAGAAGGCAAGUUAAGGAAAUUGACAAAUUCGGAUGGAACUUUUGAUCCAGACAGAUUUUACGAAGUAUAUGAAGCAGAAAGCGCCAAGGCACUAAAUCAAGGUCCAACAGCUUUGGACCCGAUUGAUGCCGAGUCAGUGAAUCAAAUUUUGAUAGCAGUGCUAACGCCACUUUACGAAGAGAUUUUGUCAAACAAUAAUCGAAUUGUCAAUUAUGCUUGUCUACAGAGCAGCGAAAAUUUUAAACAAUAUCUGGCUUACUGCACUGAACUGCAACGAGUUAAAAUUACCGAAGAAACACCAGAAGAUGUGAAGAUUGCCUUAUUUCUUAACAUUUACAACAUAAUGCUGAUUCAUAUCCAUCACAAAUUUGGACAUCCUAGUAACAUUUGGCAACGGCGAAAGCUGAUGUGGAACACCUACUACUUGAUUGACAAAAAAUUGUAUUCAUUACAAUCUAUACUGAAUGGAAUUUUACGUGGUAACAAGAAAAGCUUUGAAAUGCUUUGGAAACCAUUUGGGAAAACCGACCAUCGCAGAAAGCUGACAGUAAAAAAUCCAGAUCCAUCGGUGCUCUUCGCUAUUACUUCUUCGUCGCGAUCAACAAAUCCCAUACGUCUUUACACAGCUACAAAUUUAAAAAAUGAACUCACAGAAGCAACCCAAAAUGCACUUGCCAGCGAGGAAUAUUUACUGAUCGACCCUAUAAAAAAAACUGUUGCAGUGUCACCAAUAUUCAAUUGGUAUGCUGCUGAUUUCGGACUGACCCAGGAUAAUCUUAUUCAAUGGAUAUUGGCCCACAUGAAGGACAGUACGAGUCGAACCAACUUAAAACGUUUAUCCGACUCAAAGUCCUAUAAUCUCGACUACUUAGACUACGACUGGACGCCAAACGUCAAGAAGUCGCCAUGA